UUCCACUACCAUAUAACCCAGUUCGCUCUGGAUAAAGGCGUCUGCUAAAUGGUAUAUUAUUAAAGUCUACGUUGACUCUGCCAAUAUGUUGCAGAGUGUAGUUACCGUUCCUUUCCAAUAGAUGGCAGCCAAAGCUAGUUGAAGUCAGUCCUCUAGCGACAGGGACACCGGGAUAGUGCGCAAUGAAAGUAGUAURAUCUUCACAGCAAGUUCAUCUGGUUACGUUUGAACCUGUUGUUAUAGUGGAGAAGCUAACUAAUACAAGUUUUACAUAAGACGCAGACAUUAGGUCUAUGUUUUAGGCUAGAGUUACUAAAUUCAUUGUAUACAGUGUCUUUUCUUCUGUGUAUGCGRGCAUUAUAGAAGAAACAGCACACACAAGUGUAACAGUAUAACUUUAGUACGUCCCCUCGCCCCGACCCUGCUCUGCUAAACAUCAUGUCAACGACCGUGACAGGACGCUCCUGUCAUAAACCCUGCCUGUUUUAACGUCAUUUACCGUAGAUACACAGAUGAAAGACCGCCCUCCUCACAAGCAGUGGUAUUAUUAAAGCAGUGUGUGCCGUUGAAACAGUCUGAUUUGAGAUUAGGGGCUAGAUAAGCAAGCAAGUAGAUACAAGGUGUGCCCAGCAUCAUUUUUAACAGCGUGUUUUGCUCUUUGAUUCUGUUCACAAUGGCACAGGUCAACAGAUGUCUGAAACAGCUGUUCUUUGGAUUCAACAUGUUGUUAGGGAUUGCAGGGUGUGUCCUAUUGGUUUUGGGAAUGAUCGCAGCACCAUAUAAUACAGAGCAUGACCAAGGAGAGUCAAUUGGCUUGACAUGGAUUAUAUCGACUGCAGUUGUUUCUGUGCUGCUCUCUUUACUUGGAGCAUAUGGUGCAUACAAAGAGKACAMUGUGAUACUGAGAGUGUUCCUUGGAAUAAUAGGCUUUGGAACAAUCCUUUUUCUCACUGUCGGAUUUAAAGUGGCUCGUUCAAUGCCUGAGGGAAGAUCUGACAAAUCUGAAAUGAUGUGGAUCUACAGAGAG